AUGCGCGGUGUGCUGAAAGUCCAUAAUAUAACGUUCAGACAGAUCAAACGAAAUCUGAUAGAAAUGGCCUUUGAGCGAUACGGAAAGAUAAAAAAGAUAACCAUGCCCACGAGAAGGGACAAUUAUGCGUUAGUAGAGUAUGCCACAGAGGAAGAGGCAGUUAAAGCAAAAGAGGCAUUAGACGGGACUACUCUAUGCAGCAUACACAGAAGAACAAAAGCAACCAAGAACUCUCUAAGAGAGUUCGUGUGGAACAUAAGCAUUCUAACAGAAGAUUUCCUGUGGGAGAAGGAUGCAUCAGAGAAUACCACAGAAAUAGAGAGAGAGAUUGUAAAACAGAAGAAAAAGAAUCUUUUCUAUGUUGAGGCAGUGGGUGAAAAAAUAACUCACACAGAAAAUGUAAGGCAGAGGCCUAUUAUACAGGAAAUAGAAAAAUCCAAAGAUCAAUAA